UAACAAGCUAGCUAAACCCUCGUAGAAGUCUCUAGAACCCAUUUCUAUCCUUCAUAUACAAAAGAGAGGCCUUCGGCAGUUCGGCUUCACUCCCUCACUAACUCCAAUCACCAGCAAGCAGUUAGCUCUCUUUCUUUCUGCAAAUUAAGAUCAGAAUCAAGUCGUUUUACCAUUCGCGGCGGCAAUGGAAGAAGACUUCGAGCUUCCUACCGGAGACGAGAUGAUGAUGAACAACGGCGACCAGCUUGAUCUCCCAGACGAAGGUCCGAUGCUGAAGGUAGGUGAAGAGAAGGAGAUCGGUAACCAAGGCUUGAAAAAGAAGCUUCUCAAGGAAGGUGAAGGUUGGGACACUCCUGAUAACGGCGACGAAGUCGAAGUUCAUUACACGGGGACGCUUUUGGACGGAACUCAGUUUGAUUCGAGUAGGGACAGAGGGACGCCGUUCAAGUUCACUCUUGGUCAAGGCCAAGUGAUUAAAGGAUGGGACUUAGGUAUCAAGACAAUGAAGAAAGGUGAAAAUGCCCUUUUCACCAUUCCUGCUGACUUGGCUUAUGGUUCUUCUGGCUCACCUCCAACUAUUCCUCCCAAUGCCACACUCCAGUUUGAUGUUGAAUUGCUGUCCUGGAGCAGCAUCAAGGACAUCUGCAAGGAUGGUGGGAUAUUUAAGAAGAUACUUGUUGAAGGAGAGAAAUGGGAGAAUCCAAAGGACCUUGACGAAGUGUUAGUUCGGUAUGAAGCUCAACUCGAGGAUGGUUCAGUUGUUGCUAGGUCUGACGGAGUGGAGUUCACUGUCAAGGAUGGUCAUUUCUGUCCUGCACUGGCAAGAGCUGUGAAGACAAUGAAGAAGGGGGAGAAGGUUCUCUUAACAGUGAAGCCACAAUAUGGAUUUGGGGAGAAGGGUAAGCCAGCAUCUGGCGAUGAAAGUGCUGUUCCACCUAAUGCUAAUAUUCAGAUUACUCUGGAGUUGGUUGCCUGGAAGACUGUGACGGAGGUAACUGAUGACAAGAAGGUUAUAAAGAAAAUCUUGAAGGAAGGCGAUGGAUAUGAUCGUCCAAAUGAGGGGGCUGUUGUAAAAGUGAAAUUGAUUGGGAAGUUGCAAGAUGGCACAGUAUUUUUUAAGAAGGGACAAGAUGACAGUGAGUUGUUUGAGUUCAAGACAGAUGAAGAGCAAGUAAUUGAUGGACUUGAUAGAGCUGUGUCUACGAUGAAGAAAGGUGAGCUGGCCCUUUUGACAAUUGCACCGGAGUAUGCAUUUGGCUCAUCUGAGUCGCAGCAGGAGCUGGCUGUUGUUCCUCCAAACUCUACUGUGUGCUAUGAGAUAGAGCUGGUUUCCUUCGACAAGGAGAAGGAAUCAUGGGACAUGAAUACUGAUGAGAAGAUUGAAGCUGCUGGCAAAAAGAAGGAAGAGGGCAAUGUGUUGUUCAAGGCUGGAAAAUAUGCAAAGGCAUCUAAAAGAUAUGAGAAGGCUGUGAAGUAUAUAGAAUAUGAUUCUUCAUUUAGCGAGGAGGAGAAAAAGCAGGCAAAGGCACUGAAGGUCGCCUGCAACCUAAACAAUGCUGCCUGCAAACUGAAAUUAAAGGAUUACAAACAGGCAGAGAAGUUGUGUACCAAGGUAUUAGAGUUGGAGAGUAGAAAUGUGAAGGCUCUCUACAGAAGAGCCCAGGCUUAUAUUCAGCUGGCAGAUUUGGAUCUGGCUGAGUUUGAUAUCAAGAAAGCUCUUGAGAUUGAUCCUGACAACAGGGAUGUCAAGCUGGAGCACAAAACUUUGAAAGAAAAGAUGAAGGAAUACAAUAAGAAGGAAGCCAAGUUUUAUGGCAACAUGUUUGCCAAGAUGUCUAAGUUGGGAUCUCUUGAAUCUAAUAAAGCAGAAGCUAAGGAGGCAGAGCCCAUGAGUGUAGACAGCGAGGCAUGAGCAGCAGAGAGUAACAAGUUGGCACUGGACUGUUACAACAAGGCAGAGUAAAAUUCUAAUCAUUUUCUUUAAUUAACAAUUCAAGGUUUUGCCUUGGUACCUAAGACUGCUUCUGUCUGGUGUUUUUUCCGUUUAUGGUAAUGGAUUUUUAUCUGCUACCAGUAUAAGAUUUCAUUAACUAUCAUUGUAAACAGCUUUGCUCCGUUGAGUUUUUCUCGAUUUCUCUAGCUGUGCUAUGAAGUUGUCUGGAUUUUACAUAA